UAUCCGACAUUUCUGCUGGAAGUUUCAUGAAAGUUAAACAUCUGAGCUUAAAACUUUGGUCUGCUGUGGUGUUUACUUUCCCAAGCCGAUCCUUGCUGCCUGCAUUAGCUACACAGACAGCACAGCUGCAGCAAGUGAGGGGCUGAGGCAUUGGCAUGACCCUAAUUUUGUAUGGGGCAAAAUCAGAGAACAUUUACAGUGUGCAAGAGGAGGAAAGAAGGAAUGUUUUCAGGGGGAGGGCGAGCAAGUAGGAGUGUGGGUGAGAGAGGGAGACCUGGGCCCUGAGUCGUCCUGUCCAUAAUCCCCGUCACCAAACACUCAUUCAGUUAUCAGAAGCAUUUCAGAGCCCUUGAGAUUAAUGGCUGGUGCCAUGUAAACAGAGCCUUAUAUUGGGAAGAACAAGUUACCAACAGGCCAGUGUGCAGCAGGAGACCAAGGCAGCCUCCUGUCCCUCGCAGUCCCAGCCAUCCUAAAACAAAAUUCUGAGAUGGGCAACAGCCUGAAAGCCAUACUUGCUUUUGUGCCCUCUAACAAGUGCCAGAAGUACCUCCUAGAAGAUCUAGAAGAGAUGCCAGUGGAUAAAAUGGUCGAUCUGAGUGGCAGGCAGAUGAGGCGGCUGCCUGUGCACAUUUGCUCUUUCCGGGAACUGGUAAAGCUGUACCUGAGUGACAACAACCUGAACCAUCUGCCCCCCGAGCUGGAGCAGCUGCAAAACCUGCAGAUCUUGGCACUGGACUUCAACAACUUCAAAGCACUGCCCCUAGUUGUGUGCACGCUGAAGCAGCUGUGCAUCCUCUACCUGGGCAACAACAAGCUCUGCAGCCUGCCCCUCGAGCUCCGGCUCCUGCAGAACCUCAAGACGCUCUGGAUCGAGUCCAACUGCCUGCAGUACCUGCCUGAGGUGGUGUGCGAGCUCAGCCUGCUCAAGACGCUGCACGCCGGCUCCAACGCCCUGCGCAGCCUCCCUCCCCAGCUGCAGUGCCUGCAGGAGCUGCGCACCAUCUGGCUGUCAGGAAACCUGCUGUCCGAGUUCCCUCCCGUGCUCCUGGACAUGCCCUUCCUGGAGGUGAUCGACGUGGAUCGCAACUCCAUCCGCUUCUUCCCCAGCCUUGCUCACCUUCCCGGCCUGAAGCUGGUGAUCUACGACCACAACCCCUGCAGGAAUGCACCCAAGGUGGCCAAAGGGGUGCGCAGGGUGGGCAGGUGGUCAGAGGAGAGCCCCGAGCCCCGCAAGCGAUCCGGGGCAGUGAUAGAAAUCACGCUCGACGAGAAACCAUUGCUACCUCCUGCCGCCAAGACCGAGCCAGAAGCCGAGCCCUGCUGACACUCAGCUGCCCCUUUUGGCCAAGGUGGCAGCGCACUCCCACCGCUGCCCAACCUCUACCUCUCCCUUGCUUGCUGGUGUCCAGGGAGCACCACUGCCUGACAAUCAUUAGGAGUACGUGCACCAGCUUGGAGACAACGCGACAGCAAAACUCCUGUACAGACACCUGUCUGUCUUUGUGCAGCACCCAGCACUCUCCCUAGAACAGACUUCCCUCUCCUGCUCCUGCCAUGCUGGGACUAUGCACAGUUCUCAAUAGAGAUAAGACUUAAUUUAGAUGUUCGCCAUGUGUGGAUUGCAUGGAGCACAUAAGGACUAGCUGCUCCUCACCUGUAGGCUCACUCUUCUCCCUUCCACCUUGCUGAGGUGUCCCAGCUCAGCUGGAAGCCACUGUUCAAGGUGAUCACUGCUGAGCCACAGCUCUAAAGCAACCCACAGCACUGGUCUCAAAUUGCUUUAUCUGAAAUACAGCAAUACCUUGAAGGUUUCCCUGUCUGCUGAGUGGGAAGUGGUAGCAGAGUCCCAGCUGCACUAUCAAGGAAACAGCACAUAUGUACAGGGGGCUUUCCUCUUUCUUCCAGCAAAAUUUGUGACAACUGUUUUGUCACUGCUGAGCAGCAUCCAGAUGUUGGUGAGGAAAGCUGUAGGCUUUGCUGCUGUGUUUUGUUACUGACAACACUGCCUCUGAGGGCAGCUGUACAGGACAAGUUUUCAUAUAGAAGCAAAGAAGAAAAUCAAAGCCUGACUAAAAAGGAAAAGCCACAAGAGCUGCAGAGGUAAACUUGCAUGAAAAAAAUCCAGGGCUGGGAGCUGUCACGAUAAACUUGCACAUAACCUGAUGAGGCAAACUUUUCUCAGAUGAUUUCCGCUGGGUAUUUCUCAAGCUUGCAACUUGGACCAAUUCAGAUCCCCUUAAAAAUGCACUUUCUUCCUAAGCUUUGCUUUAAUUGAGUAACAGAAAUCUGGCUCAAAGUGACAUUUUAGACACCAUAGCAUGGUUGAAUUAGGUGACAGGUUGUUUAACAAGGGUGGAAAGCCCUUGGUGGCACACUCUUCAAGUAGAACUGUCUCACCAGCACAGCCUGCAGAAGCAGCAGUUGACUUCACAGAAAAGGUUUGAUUCCAUGCCAGUUUGUGACUGGCAUCAGUUUAAUGUCAUCUACAUGCUUGAAAAAUUAUCUGGAAAUAUAUAGACUCUGCUAGCACUUGUCUUGUAAAAUGAAGUCCAAAUUUGCAUCUGGCUGGCACUCAUGUAGUGUGCUCCUAGUGAAAUUAAAUAAAAGUAUACUAGCAUGUUGCCAAGUUAAAAAAUGCUUCUUUGGAAUUAACAGCAAAUUCUUUAUCUAGUCUUGUUCCAACAAUUUCUUCCUACAAAAAUGAAAGCAGGAUGUGAGUUAGGGGUGCUAUUUUAAUCUCCAAGGUCAAUAUUUUAUAUCCAACAGAACUAAGCUGGUACUGUAUUUAUCUAAGGGGAUAGAGAAGAGCAUGCUUUCACUGGCUUGUCAAUGGUCUGUGUUUCACUCAGCCCUCUCCAUACAGCACUGUCACUUCUGGAGAGCUGAAGAGUCUCUGUUAAGAGUUAAGGGGAGGAAUCUGUAAGCAGAUUCCCUUCCUUUUAAGAAAUCUAAGGGAGAAAAACCUUUGCACACAUACUUGCUUACUUCAACUUAAUCAUUCUGCUUUGGCAGACUUGCCCUGGUGUUUGUACACUUGCAAGGGCAAAAAAAGGUCACAAGGCCUGGCACCAUUCUGGGCUCCCACACAGACAGGGCCCCUGCUUGUCUGUGCUUAGUCCUCACAGAUCUGCAUGCAGACCGCUGCAGGCAUCACAGGCUUCCUUCCAACCUAGGCACAAAGAUACCCAUCCAGUCAAGAAACAUGCUGCCUCUGCAGCAACUAAUAGAAUAGGAAAGUGAAUAUAAAGACAGGAUUUAACAGAUGUGAAAGGGGUGGGGCAGAGAGGGCAGGAAAUGAAUGUUAUGGAGCCUGGCAUAUUUUCUGCUAAGUGUCCACAAUUAUAAGUGUUUGUAAAGUCAGCCCAAUACUUUACAGAUCAACACUCAGACUGUUUGGUCCAGAAUGUUGUUCUCUCUCCCUACCUGCACGUUCCUCUCAACUCCCCUGAGCAAAAUGUUAAAUUUGUGGUGUGAAAAGGCUGUAAGAUCAUUUGGUUGUAGUUCUGGGCACUGACUGAGGUUCCUUGCCCACUCUCUCUCUUCCAUCAUCAAAACAAAACAACAACAACAACAAAA